AUGCUUGCAGUGAAAACUGGUGAGACGAAUAUGCUUAAUGCACAUAUAGUUCGUGCGGGGGUGGAUACGGAAGGCGAGUUUAAGUGGUGCGAGAUUUGUGAGGUGACGACGUUGGCACUGGAAAAGGAGUUGUGGUUUCCAGUGUUGAAAGUGAUUUUGACACAUUUAGCGAGAGUGUUGGAAUUUCGCGAUUUUGUCUUUACAGCCGGUGAACAACGGAUGAAGCAGUUGAAAGAGGCGAUCAUAAACUUGCAUUUUAAGAAGGCUGAUUUGCUGAGUGAAAUCGAUAUUGAUUUAGCGAAAUAUUUGUGUCCGGUAUUGAGUCGUUUGAUAAAUUACUAU